UUGGUCACUCCGCGGGUUGUGAUUGGCUAUCUGUCACAUCAAGCCCCGCCGUCCGACUCCACUGAAAGAUGAGGAACAGGCAGCUCGGAUUGCUAGAUCAUGGCUACAUUUAUGGAGCGGUUUGCUUUCCUCCAAAAACUCCCGACUCUGAUGAAGGCUACAGCAGAUGAUGAGAGCCCCUGCCCUGGGUACCUUUUCCAAGAGAUUGGAAAAAUCUCCCAUGAGUCUUCAGCUAGUGAUCAGUGCUUGCUGGAGUACCUUCUGGAGAGGCUGCAAGUCGAGUCCUGCCAUGUCAAACUCAAAGUGCUCAAGAUCUUCGUACAUCUGUGCGGCCAUGGCUCAAAACAUUUCCUCACUGAACUCAGGAGGAACUCCACCUUCAUUCAGCAAGCAUCAGUUUACAGUGGCCCUCCCGAUCCUAUCCAUGGCCUGGCUUUGUAUCAGAAAGUGAGAAAGACAGCACAGGAAGUUGCACGGCUGCUUUUCACAGAUACAAUUUCCAUCAAAAGUGGAGUCUUCCCGCUCAACAUAUCAACUCCCACAAUGGGUAUGGGAUCGGCGGCCACACACAGGUCAGCAAUGCAGGGCUUUGGUUACAAUCCAGCAGGUGCUGACUCCCUUCUGAAUAAGAUCCAAAAGGCUGCAGAGGUGGUGGCCAGUGCUGUCCUACCACCUAUAGAACACCAGGGCAUCCGGCUUCAUGACAACCACUACCGGGCUGUUGUGGCACCCUCAGCGCCAAUAGAAGUAGCUGUGCCGGCAUGUGCCUACAGUCUGUCUGCUUGCAAACCAAAAGGGGGGACAAAGCGAUGUCCAGGCCAGGUGGGAGGCGGAUGGGAAGAAAUUGACAGUGGCAACACGUCCUCUCACCACUCAUCCCAGGACAUUUCAACCUGUACCCGAGCCUCCGGGGGCAGUAAAUCAGCGUGCACCGAUAGCCAAUCAGGAGCCAGUAGAGAAAGCAGUGGGGACUUAUCAGAACGGGUGGAAGCCUUGCAGCUGGGGGACUGUGGCCAGGAGAUGGCGCUCAUUAGGAAGCUGACUGAAGGAUCCAGAGUGUUUCUAUCCACUGAGGAGAGCCAGCACUUUGUCAAAAAGUGCUCCACUCUUAACUGUGAGGUUGUGGUGGAGUUGCUCUCAAGCCAGCUGCAAGAUUCCACAAACACGGUUAAGAUGAGAGUGCUGUGUGCGGUCUCCUGCCUCAUGACCACUGACCUGCUGUCCUUGGAGCAAAUUUUUGGGGCUACCCAACGCCGGCUCUGUCAGCUCAGUGAAGGCCCUGCUGGACCUGCAGCCAACAAGGCUACUAAGAUCCUGCGGCAGUUCAACGCUUUGAUGGGUGGAGCUCACAAUGCUGCCAAACUGGAUCCAACCAGCAGCAGCCAUACAUCACACAAUCAUGUCCCACACCCACCAUCGUCGUUCAAUGUAGACAGUGUCUCCUCACAGGAGUUCCUAAACAAUAAGAAACUUCUUACCGAGCAACAACUGGCUCCUGAUCCUGUUAGAACUGCUAAGAUGGAGGCAGCUGAGGAAGAGAGCGCACCAGGCAUGGAGUCUUUAGACGUGCAACAAUGUGCCAGCAGACUGUCCCUCUUCACCGGUAUGAACUUGGUCCCCAGGGGGAGGCCUCUGUAUGAGACUACAAUCUCCCACAUCGACAUAGACACUGUAGAGGACAAUCAACCUGUGCACGAGUGCAACAGUCCAGAUCCUGUUAUGUCAGACGGCAGCCAACAGGCAUCUGCCUUCUUGUUUCUGAACUCUUGACAUCUAACAAGACGUUUUUACAAAAAAGUCAGGUCUCAUCGUGGUUAAAUAGCAUAUUUGUUGUUUUUAUGGAAAUUGAAACAAAUGAGGUCAACACUUGAGACAUGAAGUGCAUGCUUUGUCUCUGUAUGUAUUGAGUGGAUCAGGCCUGAAGACAGAGCUUAUCCACAGUGGGUUUUUAUCUCAGGAUUCAUUUUAAGCAACAACAAAAACCACCUCCGCAGCACAUCCUGAACCUCCCAACUUGCACUUUGCACUAAAAUUAGCCUUGCUAACCUAGAAUUGUCUUCCGUUAUAUUAGAUGGCUGCAUAACAAUUGGUUGUGAGUGUACUUAUUGUGGGAAGCUUGUGUUGAUCAUCAUAAAAGCGGUGCUAGAGAGCAUGGUUACAAAAGUGAUUUGUCAAAAAGUAAAAUUUGAAUGAAUAUGUAUUUAAAUAAUGGGCUUCAUCAUAUAAACAAAUAAAAAUAUUAACAAUUA